UAUCAGCGGGGUAGCGCGGACGUCAACCACGAAUAGAUGUGCCGUAGCCCACAUGAAUUUGACAUGUUUGGGAAAUUGACACUUUUGGGCACUCUGACAGAUCUGGGAAGUGCACGACAUCUGCACUUUGUGGUUGCUCGCUUGAGUGCGCUUCUCAGCUCACCGUCGUCUCAGCACUCCGCAGGAGUCGGGUGUUUGUGUUGUACCGCUACCGCAGUAGGUAGUUGUAAGCAUCGGUGCUCCGGAGGACUUUCUCCCCGGUAGUCGCGUUGUGUGGUUUCGCGAGUGCAUUUUCGCGUGUAAACAGCAAGCUCGCCGCCCGUAAACAGUCAACAACAAUAAGCAGAAAUGACACUGCACUCGUGGCUGCGGCGACGAGAAAGUGGCUUCCCGGUGCGGUUCGGCGAUGCCGAUGCGGUGCACCGGGCCAUCUACUACUCACUGGAGCCGAAGAAAAGCUGGAACGAUCCUCCGAAUGCAUGUAACAGCUGCGAGUACGGAGGGGCGUACAAUCUGGAGUUUUCACCGGAUGGAACGAUCCUGGUGGCUGCCUGCGAAAAGAAAACGAUCGUGCUGUUUGAUCCGAUCACCGAGAAGCAAAUGUGUACCAUCAAGAAUGCCCACAGCGACAGUGUAAACUGUGUCAAGUUCCUCGACAAUCGCAUGUUCGCCACCUGCUCGGACGACAGCACCGUUGCCCUGUGGGAUACCCGAAAUCUCAAAUCGAAAAUCCGCAGCCUCCAAGGUCACUCCAAUUGGGUGAAGAACAUAGAGUACUGCAAGAAAGACUGCCUGCUGGUAACGUCCGGUUUCGACGGGUCGAUUUUCACCUGGGACAUCAACAGCUACACCGAGCAGGGUUUCGUCUACCAGAAGGUUUUCCACACGCCCGGUUUGAUGCGGUGUCGGCUGGCGCCGGACGAGAACCGGUUGGUCAUUUGCACCACUGGCGGCUACCUGAUCAUCAUUCACAAUCUCAAUUUGGCCUCGCUGGCGAAGGACCUGCGCGGGUUCCGGCCCAACUUGUACCGCCUGAUGCAGCUGCGCCACCAGUUCAUCCCGAAUGCGGCCCGCUACGAUCAGGCUUUCUCCCGCAAGCAAAAGUACAACCGAGUCGAGCUGGUCAGCGACUUCCCGGAAGGUAACGACGCGGAAGUCAUCAGUUCCCUACAGAUUCACCCCCAAGGCUGGUGCGCACUCAGCAGGAACAUCAGCUACGAUGAAAGUUCUGAGUGGAGCUGCGUGCACGACAUUCAGGAAAUCUCGCUGGACGGGGACCUGGACAGCGACAGCGAGGAUGACAUUUCGAAAUCCGAAGCUGCCGAGCAAAAUCAAGACACAUCCACUGCCGGCGAAGGCGGCGGUGGUGAAGCUCCCGAAGAGGAAGCCCCGGAAGAUAAUAUAUCACCUGCUACGGUGGCUGCGGCAGCUAUUGUCAACGCAGCCGUUGGGGAACCCGCUCAACCGAGCCUGAUCGGUCCUCACAACAUCAACAACAACAACCAGGAGUUCCACGCGCCAAGCUCGGACAUUUGGGCAGCGGAAGUAUCCCUCCGGAACAGGAAUCUUCGGGUGGAGAACACCCGGUCGUUGAACAUGGCCAAUGUGUACGGCAUCACCAGUGGAUUGAUUCCCCUGACACCGGCAGAGCAUCAGGCCAAGUUCGAACAGACCAUAACGGUCAACGUGAACCGCAUGCUGUACUACGUCGAGGAACCCAACAAGGGCAAAGGUUUCAUCAAGGAACCAUGCUUCUCAGCCGAUGGACGAGUCAUUUGUUCUCCCCACGGCUACGGCAUCCGGCUGUUGGCGUUCAACGAGCACUGCAACGAGUUGCCAUUCAUAGCGGGAAAUCGGGAAGGUUGCGUCCCGAAGCCGUUCCACGAGAUCAAAACCAAGCACUGCCACUCGGACGUGGUAAUUAGCAGUAAGUUUAGCCCCAAGUUUCCUCUGCUGGUAUCCGGCUGUCUGAGGGGCAAAAUCGUGUGGCACCAACCGGUGCUGUAAAUUUUCUGUGGGAGGGGGCUGAGAAAACGUGUUCCGCCGACCGAGAGUAUAUGAGACUGGGUGUGUGUGAUCGGAUGUGAGUGCAGAGUGCAGAUUCUUUCAUUGAGAACCAUCCCUGGAUGUACUUAUGCAAACGACGGGGAAGUGACUUAAGGCUCGAGUUGAUGUUUAUUAGACGAAGAUUUACUACGUAUGCAGGAACCACUCAGAAGAGAAUCGCGACAUGGAUUCUCUCGCGGUAAGAUACUCCUCAUCUACCUUUUGAUAGAGAUAAACCACAGUACAUAUAUUAUAGGCAUUUAGAAUAGAAGCAAGUGAAAAACUUAAACCAUCACAACUUCGAACUUUGUAAAAAUUGAAUGGAUUGAAUUAAAGAUAACACGAUAAGUUACAUACCGUAAUAUGUUCAGGUAGA